UGCGUGCAAUGCGACCAGUCGGCACCCCAGUGUCCCACUUGUGAUGAGGGCUACAUAUGUACGAUGAUCAGUCAGUCAUGCAAUCAGUGUGCGACGACAAAAUGCGUUCAAACGUCUUCCAGUAGCAGCUCAUCCCCGAAGGAUAACUCGCCCGCAGGAGGUAGCAAUGCGGGCGCUAUUGCUGGAGGUGUUAUCGGUGGUCUCGCCUUUAUUGGAAUCAUUACUUUCCUAGUAUGGUGGUUCUUCGUUCGGAAGAAGCGCAAUGAACAGGAAAGCGCCAUGGGACAAGAGAAACAGAGUUCAUUCGCAGAGCGAGCAUCGGCGAGAAAGUCCACCAACUCCAUCGCUUCUACUGUCUUGACCCGCGCUUCCAAUGUGAUCCAGAUCGCCUACAUUCCCGGAGUCACAAACCGAUCUCCACCAGAAACCCCAGGCUCGCUCGUGCCGCCUGUUCCUCCUCUCCCUGGUGCUGCCCCCGAUCAGCAUUUCUUCAUGCCUGGUGACCUGCGUGACUCUUCUUGGACCGACAUGACAAACGAACGGCGCAGUGUUGCUCCUAGCUUGCGUAGCAGUGUGGCUACCACAAUCUAUCGCAACAACGCUAUUGUCAGCCCCAUGCCCGCCCAACAAGUCAUGCGCACCCGAGCCGCCGUGGUCAGCAUCCAUGGCCAAAACCCUGAGGAUACAGCAACCGCUAUGGUGACACCAUCAGAUGCACCCGCUGUUCCCGCUAUCACAAAUGCCCAGCUCGCCAAGGCUGGUGUUCCCGAAAAGCACAAUGGUAGCUCCAUUGUGGCGCGUGGUGUGAUGGCAAAACCGGUGAUGGUAAAGUCUGGAUCGAUCAAGAAGAUCAACAAAACCGCACCUACCCCAACCGUUCAACCCAUCGAGGAGCAAUCCGAAUCGAGCAACUCUAGUGCCGCUGCAUCCCGCGCCCCUAGCAAGCACGAAGUCGAGCAGGGAACUUCUGGUUUCGAUGAAAGCUCGGACGAAGAGGAUGAAGCUGGCCCGUCCAAGCAAACCAAGACCCCAGCCAUCGUUGAAGAUUCAACAGCCGUCACACAAAGCCCCUUCAAGGACCAACCGACACCACCCGAGACCGACAACAACCGACUGUCCUACCUUUCCGAAACAAACGAUGGGACUAGAUCAAACCGAAGCAGCAAGCUGCCUCCGAGAGGCGAAAGCCCCUUUUCAGACGCAAAUGAAGUG